AUGCGAGUGUGGAUCCUUUUACUGUUGCUGCUACUACUUCUUAGGAGUGAUGAUGUACACUCCGUUUCUGAGUACUUGAUUGGUGUUGGAAGCCAUGAUAUCACUGGUCCUGCAGCUGAUGUCAAUAUGAUGGGUUAUGCCAACGGAGAGCAAAUUGCAUCUGGGGUUCACUUCAGGCUGCGGGCCAGAGCUUUUAUUGUUGCUCAGCCUGAUGGUAACCGGGUAGUAUUUGUGAACCUCGACGCUUGCAUGGCUUCUCAGAUUGUUGUCAUCAAAGUAAUUGAGAGACUGAAAGCAAGAUAUGGUGAUCUAUACACUGAAAAGAAUGUGGCUAUUAGCGGAAUUCACACUCAUGCUGGUCCUGGGGGUUAUCUCCAGUAUGUCGUGUACAUUGUGACAUCUCUUGGAUUUGUUCGACAGUCAUUUGAUGUCAUUGUCGAUGGCAUUGAGAAAUGUGUAGUCCAAGCCCAUGAAAAUCUCCAGCCAGGAUCAAUAUUUGUCAAUAAGGGAGAACUCUUAGAUGCUGGUGUGAAUCGCAGUCCUAGUGCUUAUCUGAACAAUCCUAAUGAAGAGAGAAGCAAAUACAAGUAUAAUGUUGAUAAAGAAAUGACUUUGUUAAAGUUUGUUGAUGAUGAAUGGGGUCCUUUGGGAAGUUUCAAUUGGUUUGCUACUCAUGGUACUUCAAUGAGCCGAACAAACUCAUUAAUUAGCGGGGAUAAUAAGGGUGCAGCUGCACGAUUUAUGGAAGACUGGUUUGAGGGAAAAAGGUCAGUAAGAAUGGAUUCUGCUGGAAUUGAAAAUGACGGAAUCCCUCGGAGAAUUUCAAACAUAAUUCCCAGCAUUCAUGAAAAACACCAUGAAUUACUGGAGCUUGCUGCCUCAUUCCAAUCUUCUCCUGGUAAACCUGCAACCAAAAUGUCAAGUGUUGCUAGACGUGUGAGAGGUGUCCUUAGGCAGGUUGACAAGCCUAUUUUUGUAUCUGCGUUUUGUCAAUCAAAUUGUGGGGAUGUUAGUCCAAAUGUGCUUGGAGCUUUUUGUAUAGACACUGGACUACCUUGUGACUUCAAUCAUAGUACAUGCGGAGGAAAGAAUGAAUUGUGCUAUGGCCGAGGACCUGGUUAUCCAGAUGAAUUUGAAAGUACCAGAAUUAUAGGUGAGAGACAGUUUAGGAAAGCAGUGGAGCUAUUCAACGGAGCAUCUGAACAGAUUAAAGGGAAGGUUGAUUUUCGACAUGCUUUCAUAGAUUUUUCCCAGCUUGAGGUAAAUCUUUCAAAAGUAGGAGCUUCUGAGGUCGUAAAGACAUGCCCUGCUGCAAUGGGAUUUUCAUUUGCUGCUGGAACAACAGAUGGACCUGGAGCUUUUGACUUUAAGCAAGGUGAUGUUGAGGGAAAUGAUUUCUGGAAGCUGGUCCGCAAUUUACUUAAAACACCAAGCCAGAAACAAAUAGACUGUCAUCACCCAAAGCCCAUUUUGCUUGAUACUGGUGAAAUGAAGCUACCAUAUGAUUGGGCACCUUCAAUACUUCCAAUCCAGAUCCUCCGAGUUGGGCAGUUUGUUAUUCUUAGUGUACCUGGAGAAUUCACAACAAUGGCUGGGAGGCGUCUUCGUGAUGCAGUCAAGUCAGUGCUAAGUGGCAACAAAGGCUAUGGUAGCAACAUUCAUGUUGUUAUAGCAGGGUUGACCAAUACUUAUUCACAGUAUAUUACUACUUACGAAGAGUACGAGAAGCAAAGAUAUGAGGGUGCUUCCACGCUGUACGGUCCACACACACUGAAUGCUUACAUUCAGGAGUUUACAAAGCUUGCGCGUGCUCUCAUCAGUGGUCAGCCUGUAGAAUCGGGCUCUCAACCCCCUGACCUCUUAGAUAAGCAAAUUAGCUUAUUAGCACCUGUUGUGAUGGAUGCAACCCCUAUCGGUGUAAGUUUUGGGGACUGUAGCUCUGAUGUUCCCAAGAACUCUACCUUUAAACGGGGUGACAUGGUAUCUGUUACUUUCUGGUCUGGGUGCCCACGCAAUGACCUUAUGACUGAAGGCACUUUUUCCCUGGUAGAAUUCCUCCAAGGCAAGAAUACUUGGGUUUCUGUUUAUGAUGACGAUGAUUUCUGCCUGCGCUUUAAAUGGUCAAGACCAUUUAAGCUUAGCACUCACAGUAAGGCCACCAUAGAAUGGAGAAUCCCUCGGGAUGCAACUCCUGGUAUAUAUAGAAUCAAACAUUUUGGGGCUGCUAAGAGUCUGUUAGGAGCAAUUCGUCACUUUACUGGUUCUUCUAGUGCAUUUGUAGUUACGUAG